AAUAGUCCCUUCUCGGCGUUUCUGCGGAGGGAUCUCAUCGGGGCGGUGGCCGCCGAUGACUAUAUAAGGGCGUGCCGGGCGCGGCGCAGUGAGGUCCGUCGACUUCGGAGUGCGGUUUCUGUUGUUCUUGCGUUCGCCGCUGCCACAGUCACUUGACAAUGCAGAUCUUUGUGAAAACCUUAACGGGUAAAACUAUCACCCUCGAGGUGGAGCCCAGUGACACCAUUGAGAAUGUCAAGGCCAAGAUCCAAGACAAGGAAGGCAUCCCCCCUGACCAGCAGAGAUUGAUCUUUGCCGGGAAGCAGCUGGAAGACGGCCGCACCCUGUCCGACUACAACAUCCAGAAGGAGUCCACCCUGCACCUGGUCCUGCGUCUUAGAGGGGGAAUGCAGAUCUUCGUGAAGACCCUGACUGGGAAGACCAUCACCCUCGAGGUGGAGCCCAGUGACACCAUUGAGAAUGUCAAGGCCAAGAUCCAAGACAAGGAAGGCAUCCCCCCUGACCAGCAGAGAUUGAUCUUUGCCGGGAAGCAGCUGGAGGACGGCCGCACCCUGUCCGACUACAACAUCCAGAAAGAGUCCACCCUGCACCUGGUCCUGCGUCUUAGAGGGGGAAUGCAGAUCUUCGUGAAGACCCUGACUGGGAAGACCAUCACCCUCGAGGUGGAGCCCAGUGACACCAUUGAGAAUGUCAAGGCCAAGAUCCAAGACAAGGAAGGCAUCCCCCCUGACCAGCAGAGAUUGAUCUUUGCCGGGAAGCAGCUGGAAGACGGCCGCACCCUGUCCGACUACAACAUCCAGAAAGAGUCCACCCUGCACCUGGUCCUGCGUCUUAGAGGGGGAAUGCAGAUCUUCGUGAAGACCCUGACUGGGAAGACCAUCACCCUCGAGGUGGAGCCCAGUGACACCAUUGAGAAUGUCAAGGCCAAGAUCCAAGACAAGGAAGGCAUCCCCCCUGACCAGCAGAGAUUGAUCUUUGCCGGGAAGCAGCUGGAAGACGGCCGCACCCUGUCCGACUACAACAUCCAGAAGGAGUCCACCCUGCACCUGGUCCUGCGUCUUAGAGGGGGAAUGCAGAUCUUCGUGAAGACCCUGACUGGGAAGACCAUCACCCUCGAGGUAGAGCCCAGUGACACCAUUGAGAAUGUCAAGGCCAAGAUCCAAGACAAGGAAGGCAUCCCCCCUGACCAGCAGAGAUUGAUCUUUGCCGGGAAGCAGCUGGAGGACGGCCGCACCCUGUCCGACUACAACAUCCAGAAAGAGUCCACCCUGCACCUGGUCCUGCGUCUUAGAGGGGGAAUGCAGAUCUUCGUGAAGACCCUGACUGGGAAGACCAUCACCCUCGAGGUGGAGCCCAGUGACACCAUUGAGAAUGUCAAGGCCAAGAUCCAAGACAAGGAAGGCAUCCCCCCUGACCAGCAGAGAUUGAUCUUUGCCGGGAAGCAGCUGGAAGACGGCCGCACCCUGUCCGACUACAACAUCCAGAAAGAGUCCACCCUGCACCUGGUCCUGCGUCUUAGAGGGGGAAUGCAGAUCUUCGUGAAGACCCUGACUGGGAAGACCAUCACCCUCGAGGUGGAGCCCAGUGACACCAUUGAGAAUGUCAAGGCCAAGAUCCAAGACAAGGAAGGCAUCCCCCCUGACCAGCAGAGAUUGAUCUUUGCCGGGAAGCAGCUGGAGGACGGCCGCACCCUGUCUGACUACAACAUCCAGAAAGAGUCCACCCUGCACCUGGUCCUGCGCUUGAGGGGCGGUAUCUUAAGUACCUCCUUUUAAGCUUUCAAGAAAUUUCAUUGCACUUUUCUUUCAAUAAAGUUGUUGCAUUCCAAA